UCUGCUUGCUUGGCAUGUGUAUGGUGGUGUUUGUGUUGAAUUUCCGAGUGGCGGCUGCUGCCCAUGCAACAGCAAUAGCGGGUAUUUCUUGGCGUUCGCUCCCACAUGGUCGGUCAGUUGGUUUCGUUAAUGCCACUUUGAAGCGUACAAUUAUCAAAAUGUGCGGAUGCCAAGUGUGCAUUCACCAGUCAAGAGUAAAGUGAAGAGGGGCAAAAACGUCAUAGAAAAUAUCAGAAAUAAAGAAUAAAAACUCUAAACAAGCAAUUGAAUGAGAGAUGAAGAAAACGUCGACUGUUGCUGAUGCGACUGCUGCUGUUGGAAGUGAUAAAAGCCACAGCCAGCGAGGUGGGCAGUUGUAAAGAGAGUCGCGCGGCGAUGUGACGUGUAAUUUUCUAUUGUUUGUUGUUGACGACGGCGCGUUUUGAAUGUGUUUUUUGAAUUGAAUUGUGCUGCAGUGAAUUGACAAAUUAAUUAUCUGCAGUUUGCAGAUUUGUUUGGAUCAUUUGAAUUUCUGUUUUGCUUCUUUAAACUCCGGAAAACCACUGAAUGCAAAAACGCAAAAAUUGCCAACUGCAGUAGCUUCGAAUUGACGUUUGCUAAUAGCUUUGCUAGAACUUCAAUGUGUCAAAUCAAUGUGCAACAAAACUGACCGUGUAAUUCAAUUGCAUUUUUUAUUUAUUUUAAUAAUAGUAAACGCGCUAAAUUUUGUAUGUAAGUAAAGUGAAUAGCGACAGAGUGUAAAAAGAAAAACAAAAGAAAGAAACGCCAAAAGUGGCAAAAUAUUACGCUGAGGUGCGCGACGGACAUUCCUGAAGCCAUGAUUACAACAAAAUGAUGGUGAACGGAAAACACUCAACUAACUAAAAAAGUGAGAAAGUGACAACUAAAAAAAAGCAAGUUUAGUGAGCGUACACGCACACUCGUACAUAUUUAGUGCGACACAUACAUAAGAGUGUGUAGGUGAGUUUGCCUCCAUUAGAGGAAGAGCAAUGGCCGUUUCUAUUGUGGCGUGUGCUCUUAGUUCAGUUGAUCUUGCCAACAGUUUCCGUUGCCGCUGCUCAUUCCGUGAAUCGUGGUGAAAGAGAGCGGUCGAAUCUCGUCGUGGUGGCACCGUGCCAUUUAUACCCAUACACACAUACAUACAAAUGCGCAUGAAAGUGUUCGAGAUCUGCUGCGGUGGUUCAAGAUUCAUUCGUUGAUAAUAUUAAAGUUGAAUAUUUGUGUUUUUUUGGUUUGAUUUGAAAUUUUGUUAUUUUUGCAUUUGCCGCAACGCUUUGCGUCGCUUUUCUGUUGCUGGCUUACAGCUGCAAUAUCAAUCAACAAGUGCAACUUAUUUACGAUGCUCAUACAAAGUAGCUACAUAUGUAUGGACCUGCUAGUGUGCGCAUAGUAGUUGUAAAAAGUGAAAAAAUAAUAAGUGAGAAUAAAUACGACACACGUACAUACAAACAUACAUACAUACAUAUAUGUAUAUAGUUGCACUCAUGCCAACGCAAUUUAGUUACUCCAUUGUAUAGCCACUUGUGAAAAGUGUAAAAUUUUUGUGAUCGGAAUUAACUUUGCGGUAAAAAUGCGCGUGUUUUUGGGUUUUUAACAGCCCGCAAAAUUGAAAAAUUCCUGCCAAUUGCCGUUAAAUAGUUUAUGGAUAACCGCCGAAAACAACAUCAACAACAACAACAACAAAAAGAGCAACAAGUGAAAUCGUGGCAUUUAUAUACCGCUAUUGUGUGUUGUGUGUAGCGAAACGAAAAGUAAGAACAACAAAAAAAAAAUCAUUCUAACAAAGCCAACAACAAAAUAAAACCAGCAGCAAUUGUUGUUGCUUACUAUAAGUAGUCAGUGUGAAAACGAAACAAACAAAAAAUUUAAAAGCAAAGCCACCGCAACAAAUAGCGUACAACAAAUAUAGCACCAAAACAAGCACGAGCGCUACAACAAUAACAACAAUAUCGCGUCAUUAAGUCGGUGAUCUCUUUACUGCGUUACUAUGGCUGGAAGAAAUUCUCCAUUUUGCAUGACGAGCUGUGGACCACAGUAGCCGAUUUGCUCAAAGAACAGGCCACCAAAAGGAAUAUGACAAUAAAUCACAAGGAAUCGUUUCUAACAAAUAUGCCGAAAUGUUGUGCGCUGGGAUUGCCAUGUUGUCGCACAAGUUUUUGGUAUCAGACUGUACAAAAUACAAUGAAUCGCACCCGCAUCUAUGUAUUCCUUGGUUCGGCGAGUUCUCUGGUCGAUUUUAUGCUUUCCAUGGAAACGAGCAAUUUGUUCCUUAAAGGUGAAUACAUGGUCAUCUUUGUCGAUAUGAUGCCCUAUACACCAAAAGAAGCCGAAAAGUAUUUACGCAAACCGGACCAUGUUGAGGCGAUGAAAGUCUGCCACGAAACGGAGAGUUUCAAGCAGUUGGCGCGCAGUUUGCUAGUCGUGGCGUCCACGCCACCAACGGACAGUUAUGAAAAUUUCACGGCCAAAGUGCGGGAAUACAAUGCAAGGAAGCCGUUUGAUUUUCUUGUGCCAUCGUUAUUUUACAAUAAUAAAUAUCUUAAGUUUGUUUCUAUAUAUGCCGCUUACCUCUAUGAUUCCGUUAAGCUCUAUGCCUGGGCAUUGGAUAAAUUGCUGCGCCAGGAGGAGCGCAUACUAACGGAUGAUGUGAUAUACGAUGUAGCUAGUAAUGGAACUAGAAUAAUUGAGACUAUUAUCAAAAAUCGUACUUAUAGAAGUAUCACUGGUGCCACGAUUAAAAUAGACCAGAAUGGUGAUUCCGAAGGAAAUUUUUCAGUACUGGCAUAUAAGCCACACAAACACUAUUUUAGUGAUAAUGUAUCCUGUAAUUCUCAUAUGGUGCCGGUGGCCUAUUUUCAACAAGGCGAAGAUAUUCCAGAAUACAAGCUUAUCAAUGGUUCUGUGCGCGUUGAUUGGCCAUCGGGCGGUGAUCGUCCCUUUGAUGAACCGAUGUGUGGCUUCGCCAAUGAGCUGUGCAAAAAGGACGAUCGACAUAUCACAUCUGUGGUAGCGGCUGGUGUACUUGGCUUACUGUUAUUCUGCGCUGGUGUCAUCACUAUGAGCAUUUAUCGAAAAUGGAAAAUCGAGCUGGAAAUCGAAGGUCUAUUGUGGAAAAUUGAUAUAUCAGAAAUAAAGGGGUACUCGGGGAAUGAUAUCGUCUCAUCGCCAAGCAAGUUGAGCUUAGUGAGUGCCCAAUCGUUUGGUUCACGUUGCUCAAAUCAAGUAUUCACUUCGACGGCACGCUUACGCGGCGCUGUUGUACGCAUCAAAGAGUUGAAGUUCCCACGGAAGCGGGACAUCUCGCGCGAAAUAAUGAAAGAAAUGCGUUUGCUGCGCGAACUACGCCAUGAUAAUAUAAAUAGCUUUAUUGGGGCUUGUGUGGAGCCGACACGUAUACUACUAGUCACCGAUUACUGUGCCAAGGGCAGUCUCUAUGAUAUAAUCGAGAAUGAGGACAUCAAGUUGGAUGAUUUGUUUAUAGCUUCGCUGAUACACGAUUUAAUUAAGGGUAUGAUAUAUAUACACGAUUCGCAGCUGAUGUACCAUGGAAAUCUGAAAUCAUCGAAUUGUGUGGUGACCUCUCGAUGGAUGUUGCAAGUGGCCGAUUUCGGUUUGCACGAGUUGCGAAAUUGUGCGGAGAGCGAGUCGAUAGGAGAGCAUCAGCACUAUAGAAAUCAAUUUUGGAAAGCACCCGAAUUGCUGCGCAAUUCACACAUCUAUGGCACGCAAAAAGGCGAUGUUUAUGCCUUCGCCAUAAUUAUGUACGAAAUAGUUAGUCGAAAAGGUCCAUUCGGGCAGGUAGCCUACGAACCAAAGGAAAUUGUCGAUCGCGUGAAGGAGCUGCCAUUAGCUGGCAGUAUACCCUUUCGUCCCGAGUUGGAAUGCAUACGCGAACACGAAUUGUGCCCUGAUUAUGUGCUGGACUGUAUAAAAGAUUGCUGGAGUGAGGAUCCGGAGAUAAGACCUGAUUUUCCAACUAUACGCAAUCGUUUAAAGAAGAUGCGUGGGGGCAAGACGAAAAAUAUUAUGGAUCAAAUGAUGGAAAUGAUGGAGAAGUAUGCCAACAACUUGGAGGAUAUUGUGACUGAACGCACACGUAUGUUGUGCGAGGAGAAGCGCAAAACAGAAGAUUUAUUGCAUCGCAUGUUGCCGCGCACUGUGGCGGAGAAGCUGACAAUGGGGCAAGGGGUCGAACCAGUGUCCUACGAUUUGGUCACGAUCUACUUCAGCGACAUUGUGGGCUUUACUGCAAUGUCAGCGGAGAGUACUCCACUGCAAGUGGUGAAUUUCUUGAACGAUCUCUAUACGGUUUUCGAUCGCAUCAUACGCGGCUAUGAUGUGUACAAGGUGGAGACCAUUGGCGAUGCCUACAUGGUGGUCUCAGGUCUGCCAAUCAAGAACGGCGAUCGACAUGCAGGUGAAAUCGCUUCCAUGGCACUGGAGCUGCUGCAUGCGGUCAAACAGCAUCGCAUAGCACACCGUCCCAAUGAGACGCUCAAGCUUCGCAUUGGCAUUCACACGGGGCCGGUGGUGGCCGGCGUUGUGGGUUUGACAAUGCCACGCUACUGCCUCUUCGGCGACACAGUAAACACCGCCUCACGCAUGGAGUCCAACGGCGAAGCGUUGAAGAUACACAUAUCAGGAAAGUGCAAGGAGGCACUCGACAAGCUUGACGGCUAUGUGACCGAAAGACGCGGGCUGGUGGCGAUGAAGGGAAAGGGUGAGGUGGUCACAUACUGGCUGACAGGCGCCACAGAGAAGGCCAUACAAAAGAAACCAGUCGACAUGACUGACAUGCCGCCGCCUCUAUUCUGCCGACCGCGCAAGAGCCCGAAGCUGAAUAGCGAUUCGCGGCAACCGAGCAUCGUAGGCAUGCACUACUAUGGCGCUGGCUCGCGGCGCACAUCGAUGGUGCCACGCACCGAUAUCGAGUCCAAUUAUAGUUUGCAAGGUUCCACAUAUCAUGUAGCACGCGAUUCACCUUACCUGUCGUCGCGUCGUAACGAUCGGCCGUCGCUGAAUGGCAUUGGCGGCAACAGCAUACCGGAGCGAAUGAGCUACUAUGGCGGCUACGGGGGUGCGGGCGCCAGUGGCGACCGGAGUGGGAGUGUCGGCGAAACUUGCACGCUGCUCGAGUCGGCGCACGGUUCACGCAACACGCUGGAGCAUUCCGAAAACGAAACGAACUGUGAUAAUGAGUGCGUAAAUGGGUAUGGUGCGGAUGGUGAUGGUGAUAAUUAUAGCGGUGGUGUUGGUGGCGGCAGUGGCGUGAUAGAUGGCAGUGGUAGCGGCAGUUGUGGCAUUGGCGUAGUGAGCAUCAUUGGUGGUGCGCUGCCGGUAAGCGCACAUCGUGCGGCACACUCCGCUGCCAGCUCACCGACCCACAAACCGCUUGCGUUAGUGCGUCCGCAUCGCCGCAUUAUAAGCGAAAAGCUAGCCUCCUCACCCUCCGUACAAGAGUUCAGUGAUAUAAGUCGGCAUCCGACCGUAGCGCAAACUAUUUUGCUGCGCGAGACACGCUCCCUCGACCCCAUGCCAAUGCAGUUGCGUAAGAGAAACGAGCUCGUCAAACUGCCGCCGUCCAAACUGUGUAAGAACAACUCGCGCUCCUUGGAUGCCGUGGCGGCGCUCGGUGCGAGAGAGAGCAAAAACAACGAUUCAGAAAACGCGAAUAUAAAUGGUAUAGAGUGUGAUGAAGUCGUCGAUGGUGUGGCCCCAUUACACGAAGCUACUGCGAACGCUGACACAAACAAUAUGGACGGCGAGGACUACGACGACGAUGUCGGCCUGCUGAUGCGUGAUAAUGGCGGCUUGCGCCGUCGCGGGCACAGUGGUAACCUACAACCGACUGUGGUGCCCGUCGCAUCCACGCUGCUAAAUCGUCGACGCAGUGGUGGGCACGUUAUAUCCGGCGGCAGCCUUAGUGUCGGUGUUGGAGUCACUGGCGGCAUGCUGCUGCCCUACAAGCACCUCAACAACAACUGCAAUGGUGGCAUGACCAUAGAAGAAGACGCGCAAUCACCGUUGCUUCAACGACAGACCUCACUCACCAGUCCGCCCGAUGAAAUUCUAGCGCUUACGAAACGUUGGCGUUCACUGGAGACACUUGAAAAUGUCAGAAUCGGUGAUGCAAUGCUGGUGAACUCUAAUAGUGGUCGUGGUACGCACAUCUGCGGGUACGGUGCGCACAACAGCGUCAGCUACGCGCCCGACAUUGAUGGGAGUCGUGCAUCCGGUUCAGCGGCGACAUGUGCAACGACAGCGACACGCAGCGGUAAUACAUUCACUACGUGGAUUUGGCGCAUCAUACAGGGCAACAGUAAGCGGGCGAGCGAAUCGUCGUUGCGGCGCGUGGUGCCAAGUGGUGUUCACGCGCCGCAUGUGUUCACCGAUAUGCCCGCAGCAACGGCGGCGACGACGGCGCGUACGCGUGAUCGAGAGAGCAUUGUGUAGAGAGUUGCGAUGGUGGGGAGAAAAUAGAUUUUGAUUUGUAUUGUAAUAGUUUGUGCGGCGUGUUGAAGAGAAAAGUUUCAGGAGAGGGUUAAAAAAUGGAAAUUAUGAGUUAUUUUAGUUAGCUAAAAAGAAAUUGCAUUGCGCCUUUUAGGUCGAAGUGGUCGUCAGAAAUUAUAUUUUUUGUUUUAGUUAUAUCUGCUUCAUAACCAUGCAUAAAAUGAGCUGCAGCUUCUGUCAGUAAAUAUUGUUUUUUCGUAAUGCACUGACCCCAGUCGGUGAUUCUGAGAUAUAGCUGCUCAUUAAACAGUUUCCUUUCAAGUGAAAUUAAAACCUUUCUAAAAUUAUUUGCUGAAUACUAUUAGGCACUUCAUUUGACGAAAAAAUAUUUCUUAAUAAAAGUGAUCAACUAAGUAAAAAGCACCUGUAUAUGUUUAUUAACUAGAUUAUGUACAUAUCUAGAAAUAUGUACAUAUGUAAAAACUCCUGGUUGAGAAGGUUUUUAUAAAGCGAAAUUUUUGAGCAACCCUCUCUGCGCUUAAAUCCGCUUAUAACGAAUAUCUUUAGACUCAAUAUCAAAUUUUUUUUUUUAAAUCCUCAAAAGAGGCCUUUGAUCUCAAACAGAACACACGUAAAACAUUUUUAUAGCAAUGCUUAAAUACAAAUUUUUUUCUAUAUACUUACACUUUCUUUGUAUGUAAUUAUAUACAUAUCAUCUGUGCGCAUAUUUACAUUUAUUUAUUUUGGAAUUAAUUCCCUCGCGGUGUAAAUGAAGUUAAUUAUCCGUUUUUUCACAAAAUCCCAAUUUCUAUAAUAGUUGAAACUCUUCACACAUAUGAACGCGAGAAAAUACGUAGAUAAACUGCAGAACUAAAAAUAAAUAAAACGAGCCCUAACUGCCAAAUUCAAAAUUUUCUCUUUGAUGCAGAAAUGCAUCUAGAUGC